CGGCCAUCAAUGACCAAGAUCUUCUCCUCAUGAGUGCUAAAAAGUAGCCCCUUUUUAUUUUUAAAAUUAGGUGAGAUCUUAAAAAUGAAUGAUCCUGGAAAUCCCACUUAAAAGCUUACAGGGAUCACUAAUUUAUUUAAACAGUUUUUUUCUAAUUUUAAAUAUUAAUUUUUUUCUUCAAGAGACACUGAACCGGUGGAAAUAAAAACAAAAAACAGUUGGGUGUUCGUUUUUUACACUCUUUUUUUUGUAAACGAAUGGCAUUUGGUCCGUACACGUGUCUCUCAACGGCCCCAUAAAUGGACUAGGGAAGAAGGCCCUUUUGACCGUCAGACCGAAGUACAGUGCAAGAGCUGGUAACUUUCAACUACUGCUCUUGAUCAGACCUACAACUAUAUAACACGUGUCACUAUGAUGCUUUGAUGUGACCCAUACAGGGUUGAGAUUGGAAGUCAGACCGACCUUUCUUCAGUUCUUUAGAUAUUAGCCUGCUGAAGAACUCGAAGGCGCUAACUGAGACAGCAUAUAAGUUGAUUUUUCCGGAAAACAGAUAUGUUUAAGAGAAAUUUUGCAAAGCUUAACCAGGCCAUGGGAUUUCAAAGAUCUUCCAACAGGCAAAAGGUGCAGCCUGGUGUUAGUGAUCUCUCUUCAAAUGAGAGAGCACCAAAUUCGUGUCAUCCUGUAAUCAAUGGAUCAGCUGUUUCUGAUGAUGCAAAUUACAGUUCAUGGAUGGUGGACCAUCCUUCUGCAUUGACCUCAUUUGAUCAGAUGAUGAAAGAUGCAAGGGGGAAGAAGAUCGUCGUGUUUUUAGACUACGACGGAACUCUCUCGCCGAUUGUAAAUGAUCCUGAUCGUGCUUUCAUGUCUGAUGAGAUGCGUGCAGCAGUUCGUGAAGUUGCAAAAUACUUUCCAACAGCUAUAAUCAGUGGUAGAAGCAGAGAUAAGGUGAAAGGAUUUGUUCAGUUGAAUAACAUAUAUUAUGCUGGAAGCCAUGGGAUGGACAUUAUGGCACCACCUAGGCCUGUUAGGUCUAGUGAUGGGAAAUAUCAUACUGUAUCCCUUGACAGAAAGGGCAAUGAAGCUGUCUUUCAACCUGCUCAGAAAUUCUUACCUUCAAUUCAAAAGAUUCUGAAAGAACUGGAAGAGGCAAUUAUGAAAAUACAAGGUGCCAGGGUAGAAAACAACAGAUUUUGUGUCUCUGUACAUUUUCGACAAGUUCGAGAUGAGGAUUAUGGGAUCUUAGAGGAGAAGGUGAAGUCUAUUCUGAAACACUAUCCAGACUUUCGUUUGGGUUGGGGUAAGAAGGUUAUGGAAAUACGACCAUCAAUAGAAUGGGACAAAGGCAACGCCCUAGAAUAUUUGCUCGAUACUCUAGGGUUAGGCAACUGCACCGAUGUUCUCCCGGUUUAUAUCGGAGAUGACCGGACAGAUGAAGAUGCUUUCAAGGUGAUUCAAAAGAGAGGCCAAGGGUAUCCAAUCGUGGUAGCGUCCAGUCCGAAGGAUACGAAAGCUUCCUACUCCCUCCAUGACCCGUCGGAAGUCUUGACUUUCUUGCUGCGUCUAGCAAGGUGGAGGAAGGCCUCUAGUUCGAGCAGGUCACUGUCUCAGAUCUGGGGCGUGGGUAGCUAAAAGUCGAGACAAGUCUUGUGCGGAGAGGAAUUUUGGAUGGAAAUAGAGAUGUGUUUAUACAUGCAGGGAGGAAAGCCAGGAGCCAUUUUAUUUGUUGUUUUGUAUAGCAGUAUCAUAUGCUCACGGCUUGUAAAUUAGCCAAUAUAAAUAAAGAAAAUGUUUGUGAAUGACUGCAUCUUGACUCACCCAGAUUGUAUCAAAACCCAGUAGUUUACUUCACCACAUUAAUGUCGAAAAAAAUCUUUUAACUGUUUUAAAA